AUGCCCGCUGGACACGGAACUAGGGCGCGCACGCGCGAUUCCUUCUCAAGGCCGUUCCGUGGACAUGGUUACAUUCCUCUGUCAGUGUACCUGCGCACAUACAAGAUCGGGGACUAUGUGGACAUCAAAGUGAACUCUGCAGUGCAGAAGGGUAUGCCCCACAAGGUGUACCAUGGCAGGACUGGCGUUGUGUGGAAUGUCACCAAGCGCGCUCUUGGAGUGGAGGUCAACAAGCUGAUCGGCAACCGCAUCAUCAGGAAGCGCAUACAUGUGCGCAUCGAGCACGUGGCGCCCAGCCGCUGCAGAGAGGAGUUCCUCGCGCGCACGCAGAAGAACGACGCCGUCAAGCACGCUGCCAAGGAGCGCGGUGAGAAGCCGCCCAAGUGCAAGCGGGCCAUCGUGCAGCCGCGCGAGGGCUUCACCAUUUUGAACGUGGUGGCGCAGACCGUGACCCCCAUCCCUUACGAUAUCGUCAAGGAG